GGUCACCAGUCGGGCCAGCGCCGGGCCAAGCUCAGCUGAGGAAGGGAACGCCACAACUCUCCUGCCGGCCAUGUUGUCUGACUGAGGGCAAUGGGAUAUGGUGCAAUAGUUUGUACACAGCUCGUGUCCAUCAUGGACGCGUUGUCCAAAGCGGCCGUGACUGAAAUCGGAAAACUGGUGGCGAUCGAGUCGAAGAUGCUGAAAAUCGAGAUCACCCGCGGGCGGAACGAAAUCGCGUCGCUCACGGAGAAGCUGCAUCUGAUGGAGACGCUGCUGCACAUGGCUCAGCGGGGCAGGCAGCAGGACGCCAGGGAAGCCUUGGACAGCGCCGCGAAAAGUGAGUUUACAUGGGAGAACAUCAGAUCCCCGCCCGAGACGAGCACUUCGCUCCAAGAUGAGCAGCAUCCUGCAACUGAGACGCCUCAGUUGGCAACAGAGCAUCCUCAACUGGUGGUGGUAAAGGAGGAGCCAACAGAGGUGGACAACAGAGAGCCGGAACGAGAAAGAGCAAGUGAAAACAACAGCCAGAAGAGUCCAGAUGUGAGCCAGCGCCACAAACCGGCGUCGGAACGCCACCUUCCCGUCUUCCUCGACUGCAUCGUGAGCCUGAACGCGACCUCGUGCCUCACCUCGCCCCAAAGGAGGGACACGCAGUGGAACCCCCAGCUAGCACCCGCAAACCACGAGGCCGGCAAAAGCUCGUCCCCGGACGCUCCCCCCCAAAGCUCGCUCCGGAGCGCCAAGAUGCACCACCUGAGGACCGCCGCCUCCGCCAAGAGGUUCGGCUGCUCGCAGUGCGGCAAAAGCUUCCGCUGCUACAGCCAGCUGGAAAUCCACCAGAGGAGCCACACGGGGGAGAAGCCUUUCCGGUGCACGCUGUGCGGGAAGCGCUACGCUCAGAAGGGCCACCUAUACACGCACCAGCGCACGCACACCGGCGAGAAGCCGUACCGGUGUCCCGUUUGCGGCAAGGGCUUCAUCCAGAAGUGCACCCUGGACAUGCACCAGCGCACGCACACGGGAGAAAAGCCUUUUGUGUGCGUCCAGUGCGGCAAAGGCUUCACAAAGAACUGCAAUCUGAAAAAGCACCUCUUGGUUCACCUCGAGUCCGAUUUGCAACUCUACGGUAGUAAUGCAACGCUGAGCGGAAUGUUCCAGAACGAAACCUCACCUAACACUGUGGCCGGUCUCGUGCCUUGCUCCGACACAGUUAGCUCGCGGAUCUGGUUUUGUCCAUUACAUGCCGGACGCGGCGAGACCGAACCGUCGAAUUAUUUCCGCGUCGAGAUGAUGUGCGACACCACCAACAGAAGCUUCCGCAUGCAGCUGGCGGCCAUCCUGGAGAAGCUCACCAAGACCGCCCUGGCGGAGAUCGGAAACCUGGCGGACGAGUGCUCGUCGGUCCUCCUGGGCGAGAUCUCCCUGCACAAGAGCGAGAACGAGGCCCUGAAGAAGAGGUGUUACUCCCUGGAGCUCCAGCUCAGGGCUGCCCGGGAGGCUCACUACUACCCGGCCCACGUCAACCUGAUAGGCCGGAGGAAUCCCGAAGGUCAAGAUGAUUGCAAAACCGACCAGCAGCAGCAGGUGGCCGCGCUGGCCAUCGACGGCGUCUUCGGGAAGGACUGGUGCAUGGACCUGUGGAGGGAAGACAAAAGAGCGUCCGCUCAAAGGAAAGAGGCAGCCGAGCCCGUUGCCAUGUCGAGCUUGGGAACGCAGGUGUUAGAUUUAAUCGACGCAGAACCCGAUCUCAUCUUCGUCAAGGAGGAAGCGUACGACGAUCAUCCGCUCGGGCAGCAGAUGAGGAUAACGGGAAACAGGAAAGACGGUCGCGCAGACGUCGGGCUGCUGGACGCCGAGCUCCAGCGCUCCGUCAACGAGCUCCAGCUGCACUCGGAUGAUCUGAACAGCUUCCCGUUGAUGGUGGACAGCCAAUCGCAGCGCACGCAGCCCAACAUCAUGGACAAGCUGAUUGAGGACGCCUCCAUGAGCACGCUGCUCGACGCCGCAGGUGUGCCUGCCGCCGCCGCCACAGCCGGGGACUACGUCAACUACGCCAGCGAUGUCCAUAGCGGCGUCGGCGCCAAAGAGCUCGCUAUCCUCCCCGCAAAACCCGCCAGACCGACCAAGCACUUCCAAUGUCUCUUCUGCGGCAAAGUCUUCAACUACCUUAGCAGCCUGAAGGUGCACGUGAGACGACACUCGGGCGAGAAGCCCUUCAACUGCACGUUGUGCGGCAAACGCUUCGCCCAGAAGACGUACCUAAAGCUGCACCAGCGCGUGCACUCCGGGGAGAAGCCGUACAGCUGUCCCGACUGCGGGCGCAGUUUCUCCCAGAAAAGCUCGCUGAACAUUCACUUUCGGACGCACACGGGCGAGAAGCCCUACAGCUGCGUGGACUGCGGGAAAUGUUACGCAUACAAGUACGGCUUGAACCACCACCAGUGUUUCAACCACAUGAAGACCACCUGAAUGGGAAGCGGAUGCAUGCGGUCGUGCUUUAGCUUUACCAAAGGAGUAUUAGGGCGAGAGUAAUGUUGGAUCGAUGGCAACUGGACUGUUCUUGUUGAUUUUAAAGAAAAAAAAAAAAAAAAAAAGAAUUCCCUUUCUUCCCAGUGUGGCCCUAAUACUCCUUUUUACUAAAUGAAGCAGGAGGGACAACAUUUAAAGUGGAUAACAUUGCUGUCAUUUAUUUUGGAUUUCUUAUGUGCUUGAAUUCCUUUAACCGGCCUUUUUCUCAGCUACACUCUUAAUUGUGCUGUCAUCUGCUUGCUGUUGGAAUGCAUGCGAAAAAUCCACGUGGGACGUACUGCAGUCCUCUCCGAUGUCAGUUUUAUGGCACUUGGUGUGAAUACCUCAUUGAAACGCUGACGUCAUCCUCAACGCAUGCCGUCACACGUUUGCUGUGCAUUGUUUGAAAUACCUCCUCCGAGGCCGGAGUCAACGGUCUUGUCUCGUAAAAGCCGGAAUAAUAAGGUCGUGCCGACGUGUAGCGUAGGCCUUCAACUACCUCAUCACAAUAGUAAAUAGUGCACAAAG